ACAUCUAGCCCAACCCCAUGCAAUGCAGGGAUCCCGGUUCAAGAAUCGCUGGUGGGUGGUCAUCUAGCCUCUUUUUAAAGAUCUCCGGGCAAGGACUUUCCAGUGUGGAACAGCUCUUGCUGCCAGAAAGUUCCCCCCAAUGUUUAGUUGGAAUCUCCUUUAUUGCAAGUUAAUUCCAUUGUUGGUCCUGCAAUCCCCGUGGGGCACUCCGGCCAAGGAAUGGAGUUGCCCAGAUGCCUGAUCAGAGGGAAAGUCCUCUUUUCUCUUGAACUGAAGCUGGUCAGUGAAAGGAAGAUCUCUUAUCUGCCAGUAACAGCUUUGAUUUCAGGUUGCACAGGCAAAGGAAACGGAGUUUGCAGCUCCUGGUUGGUGGCAUCUGCCAACCUCGGUUUCUUUUGCCUGUGGGGUGAAUGGUGACCCCCUCACCCUGAUCCCCUGGCCAGUCACUGGAUGGGAGACCCACUGAAAAAAUUCCCAUGUGCACCCAAUGGAUAAAUGCAAUAUUGUCACGAGGUGGGUUAAUUUGGAUGUUGGGAAAACCCAUGUCUGGUAUGUGUAUGUGUCUCUUUGGAAGCUGAAAAGGGCAGAGAAAAGAAAAAAACCUUCACACAGUGCAUAGUUAAACCCUGGAACUCCCUGCCGCAGGAGGCAGGAAUAGAAUUAGGCAGAUUCGUGGAGGGCCUUCAGAGGACCUGCCUUGCCGUGCGUCAGAAGGCCAAGGAGACACUGAAGCUGCGCCACCUCCCAGGCAGGGCUAGCGAGGCUGAGCCACAGGCCUUAUCAGGGUGGAACACACACAGUCUCAACAUAUCUCAAGGGUCAAACUUGCACUUUCUGUGGCUGCAACAUCGGGGCAGGGGAGGGAGGGCAGCUGGAGGAGACUGCCAUAGCCCACUUCCUGACAACGGAUUAAAUUUGUGGUUUCAGGCUCCUCCUGUGCCCUGCCACCUCAUCCAGUGCUAGCUGUGGGGUGUAUAUAUUUUGUUUUGGAUCCUGGAUGCAGAAGGCAAGGCCCAGGUCUGGGAUGCCCAGGUAAGCAUCUGUGGGGAAUAGCAUUCAAGGAUGGAGACGGGGGGGCAAUUCAGAGAGGGAAGGAGGGAGUCCUUGACCCACACCUACUCUAGAGCAGACCUGUAUGGAUCUAGGAUCAUUGGAACCUCCAGUUCCAGAGGAAGUCUACCUCUUGAUGCUGGGGAGAAGCAACAGGAGCAGGGAGGGCUCUUGGCUUCGUGUCCCCUUGGCGGGUCUCCUAGAUGCAUCUGGUUUGUGUUUUUUCCUGAACUCUUUGAUUACAGGCAGCUUCUCAUCCCCACUGAGCUGUUUUUAUAGCAUGUUUGGUCCCAAGGGUUUCUAUUGGAAAUAUAUGAAGUCCUUUUGGCUGGUCACUGGCAGAAAGAAAUGUUGGAACUAGAUUGACUUUUGGUCCAAUCCACAGAGGUGUUUCCCCAGUUUUUCUGACACCGCCAUGAACACAACAUUUAUUUACGAGGUUAUUUAUUUACAGGGCUCCUCUCCAGGGCUGGGUUACGUUGAGAAUCCGCACGUCCAGCUGGGGUGCCCCAUUCACUGCCCUGUCUUUGCAGGGUCUGUUUCAGCUCUUGCCUCUGAUGACAUAGAAGCAUAGAAUGGUAGAGCUGGAAGGGGGCAUCAAGGGGCAUCUAGUCCAACCCCCUGCAAUGCAGGAAUAAACAGAGACAGGAUCCUUCAAGUGGUGGGGCUGACCACAUCUUCUCUCGACCAGUGACCCCACUUGGGUCCUUAAAGCUAGCCAGGGAUCCUGUGUGUGUGGCUGGCCGGGUCCAUGGAGGAAACAGUGUGGCCAAGUGGUUAGCAUGUUGGAAUAGGACCUGGGAGGGAAUAGGGAUAGGACCCUGGUCUUUGAACCAGGGUUCAAAGAGAGCCACUUGGCCAUGAAGAUCCCUGGGUGAUCUUGGGGCCAACCAGGGCUAUUUUUCUAGAGGUGCCAGAACUCACCACAAAGCUCUCCUUUGUUUUCUUAUAAUGGCAAUUGCCCCCCCCCCCCGGAGAGGAACAGGAACUAAAUUCCACCAAAUUCCAGCUUUUUUGGGGGAGGAAUACCCUGGGGCCAACUUUCAGACUAGCCUACCUCACAGGGGUCUUGUGAGGAUAAUAUGGAGGGUGGGACCAUGCAGGGCACCUUAAGCUCCUGCCAGGAAAGGUGGAAUCCAAACACACAUGCGGGUGUGGGUUCCUUGGAGGGGGGAGGGACUGACUGCCCCUAAGGAAGCCCACCUUGGACCCCACAUUUCUUGACAAUGCCUGAUCCCUAACUAAAACUCCCCUUGUGGGGAAGGGUCUUGAAGGAGUCCUGGGGGCCCAGCUGCGGGCACUGCAGGGAUGUGGCUGAUCCUCCAGACCCCUGGCUUUGGGGCAGGGCCUUUAUUUGGGAGAGGGACAAUGGGAGGGUGACGGGUCGAGUUUCCUCGAUCUCUCGUGAACUCCUCUACAGCUUGGGACGCACACAGAAUGGUAGAGAGGGAAGGGACCCCCAAGGGCCAUCUAGUCCAACCCCCUGCAAUGCAAGAAUCGCAGCUCAAGAAUCCCCAACCGGUGGCCAGCCACACAACCUCUGCUUACAAACCUCCAAGGGAGGAGAGUCUGCCACAUCCGAGUUACACUCUUACCGUCAGAAAGUUACUCCCAACGUUUAGUCGGAAUCUCUCUUUUUUCGAAGUUUGGAUCCAGGGGUUCAAGUCCUACCCUCUGGAGCAGCAGAAAACAAUCCUGCUCCAUUUCCCAUGUGACAGGCGGCCCUUCAGAUAUUUGAAGCUGGCUCUCACAGCACCUCUCAGUCAGUCACACAGUGUCGCACACUCCAGUGUGGUGACAGCUGACAUACACAGUAAGGCAGCAGACCCUCCCAGUGUCCCUCUUUCCCAGGGACAGUCCCGGAUUUUCAGAAGCCAUCCCAGUUACUGAUUUGACCUGGAAGGUCCCGCUUUUCCUUAGGGCAUCCCUAUUUUCACCGGAGAAAUGUUGGAGGGUACAACUCAAGACAGUCACCGAUGACUGUGAGGUUUUCCGUUCCUUUGGGCAAUCCCAGUUUAGGAUGCUUAAUCCCCCCCCCCCAACACACACCUGCAGGCAGCAAGGAAUGUUUUCAUUACGGGAGAUUGCUUUUAUAUGACCUGUUUCCUUGUCUGGCUUUUAAUGUCGACCAGUUUGGAAACUCCGCUAGCAAAAUGACUCUGAUAACAACAUGGGGUGUUCUGCUGCAUUCUAGACCAUUUCCAAAGGCAGAGCUCACUUUGCUGGUCUAAUCUGGCCAGCAUGUCUGCCUGCGGGGGCCAGAUCUCUCUCUCUCUUCCAGGAAGGGUGCAGUUGGCAAAGCAGUGCAAGCUGAUAAAAAAGGCCCUCUGGAGGUUAUAGGUGCCCCCUCAGACUCCAUCGGCAGUGCUGGGUCCAUCGGGGAGGACCUGCUUCUUAAGAGGAAGUGCGACCCCCACUGCCACCCCCAUCCAGAAGAGACCACCCAUUCCCACACACAGGAACCUGCUCUGCACUGAGUUGCUCCAUCGAGCUCAGCAGAGUGCAGGGCGGCCUGGCAGAAGCUUCCUGGGAUUGCAGCCCCACCCAGCGAUGGCGUGCAUUGAAUCUGGGACCCUCUGCAUGCGACCCUCAGUAAGACCGCAGUCCUUAUGAAUGAAUAAAGGGCGAUUCAAAGAGGAAAAUAGUUUUGCAUGCCACCCCAAUCUCUGAGCGGUGUGAGAUUCCAGGCGCUUGCCCAGAACUCUGUCAUGGAAUUCUACUCAAUAUUGAUCCAGAUCAGAACUCCAAUGUAUACUUAGCAGAGUAAAAAUUUAAACACGUUGCAGGAUUCCCAAAAAAUAGACCAGAGGCAAUGAAUACUUCAUCCAGCAGAGCUUUAUUGCUACUGAAGACAAAUGAGCAGAAUGGUCACAAAUCCAAUACAUUCAGGAUUGACACUGUCCAUCAGAAAUCCAGUUGCAGCAGACUUAACUUAAAACUUACAAUAACUUAUAAGACUAAAACUUUAAUGCUAAGCAUACUAUGUACAGAAUACCACAAUACAGUGAUACCUCUACUUACGAAUUUAAUGCGUUCCGAACGCACAUUCGUAAGUCGAAAAAAAUUGUAAGUCAAAUCCCAUUGGAAUGCAUUGGGAGAAAAAAUACGUAAGUUGAAGCAACCCUAUCUAAAAAUUUGUAAGUAGAAAAAAUCCUAUCUAAACCGCAUCCAAGAUGGCGGACGAAUGUAGAUGGCGAAUGUAGAAACAUCCGAAAGCAGAGUUAUUCGUAAGUAUAGGUACCACUGUAGAAGGAAAAGAGAUAGAAAGAGAAAGUGAAACCCAGGCUCCUUCCGACCUUAUUAUUAUACUCAGCAUGACCUUGACAGAAAGAGAUAAUAGAACCACUUUAAGGCAGCUGUACUCAGCUUCUCUGAAGAUAUAACCUAAACAUCAUGAACCUUCUGCUUCUUUCACACAGAGAAGCUUCCAGAACCCUCUUGAAUUAAGUCGAAUAGGAAAAAUCUCUACACAUCAGAUCAAUACUUUCGGCAUCAAGAAAUGCAAAGUGACAAACUCUUGUUUCUUUUUGGACUGAGGCACAAUGGAGAAAAGAGGAGACUGAUAGGAGGCGUGACAGCCAUCUUCAAAUAUCUCAAGGGCUGUCACAUGGAAGAGGGAGCAUGCUAGGCUUUUAGCUACUCUGCAGCGCAAAGCACAGAUCUAUCCAGGGCAAAGCCAGGUGAAUCUUGGAAGCUGGAGAAUACUAAACCACUUUUGGUCAACGUAAAGGAAGGAAAGAGUCAGAGGAAUGGCCAGGUAGUCUUCCCAGGAGGACUCUGUUUCUCCACCUUUUCCUCUUGUGCUUCUUUAGAACUUUCACCUCCUGACGUUCUUCUCCUGUCCCACCUCUUGGAGAAAAGCAACCCUGGGCCCAGGCAGCAAUCCAGGUGAAGCAAUGGCUGCAGCAGAGGAGGUGAUGGAGAUGGCAGCUCUUGGCCGACCCUUCCAGCUGGGGAUGCUCUAUGACUGCCGAAGGGACAACCUCAUCCCAGGCAUCACUUUGUGGGAUCCCGGGGCACUGAAGGAAAACAUUGAUGCGCGGCCACAACCCAACACUGCAACGCAAGUCAUUGAAUCUGACACAACCUCCCACAAAACCCAUGCGCUGGAUGUCUCAGAAUCGCUGAAGGCCAGUUUCUUGGCGGGGCUGGUCAAGGUGGACGGAUCAGCCAAAUUCCUCUUGGAUGCCCGGAAGUCCACAUGCCAGGCCCGCGUGACCCUCCAGUACUCGGCCACCACACAUUUUGAGCAGCUGACCAUGCGCCAGAUUGGGCCGCAACAUAUCACUUACCCAGAGGUCUUCAGCAAAGGGCCGGGCACCCAUGUGGUCGUUGGCAUCCUGUAUGGAGCCCACGCCUUCUUUGUGUUUGACCAAAUAUCUUCUUCCUCCGAGAGUGUCCGAGAUAUUCGAGCCAAACUCCAUGUGAUGGUGGCCAAAGUUCCUCUGGUUUGCCAAGGAAAGGAAGAGGCCGAGCUGGAAGGCGAGGAAAAGGCUGCGGCUAAGAAAUUCAGCUGCACCUUCCAUGGGGACAUUGCGCUAGAAAGCAACCCAACCAGCUACGAGGAAGCCUUGAAAGUAUAUUCCAGCCUCCCUAAACUGCUGGGUGACCAAGGGGAGAAGGCCGUGCCUGUGAAAGUCUGGCUGUACCCACUGAACAGGCUGGAGUCCAAGGCUGCAAGGCUCGUGCGUCAAGUCAGUUCUAAGCUGAUCUCGGACGUCGAGGAAGCACUGGAGCAGCUGGGGGAAGUCGACAGGAGGUGCAACGACCUCCUGGAGGAGCCCACUGCCACCGCCUUCCCAGAAAUCCAGAAUAAAACCCUGAAGUUCCAAGAUCUGUGCCGGCAGUGCAGGCGGGCUUUCCAGAAGCAGGUGGCAGGGCUGUUGCCUGCGAUUCGUGCCGGAGCAGUGCAAGAAGGUGCCUUGGGGGACACCCUGAGGAAGCACCAGCAGUCGACAUUCAGAAGCCGGUGGCUCCACAAAUUCCUGGAUCUGAAGUUCCGAGAGAUCUAUUACGUCAACUUCUUCCUGGAGUUGUCAAAGGGGAAGGUAUCUUCCCAGGAUGAGGUGGUGAAGAGGGUCCUCGAUCCCAAAAUUGACAUCGUCGUUGCAUUUACGUUCACCUCAUUGCAAGCGAAAGAGCCCUACUUGGAGAAGUUAAACGCAGCCUUGGAUCAAGUAUGCGAACCCAAGCCAGAGACUUCUGCAGGAGACAAGAGCUUUGCUCCGUGGUUUGAGGACAAAGGCCUACUCAAGAGAGUCCAGAAGGCGGCCAUGGUCUUUUCAGGAUACUCUCUGUUUUCUCAGCCUGGAGAGGGUCGGUUUGUGGUGACCUCACAGGCUGAUGAGAGUGAUCCGGGUGCCGUGAUCAUCCGAUACCAAAGUGGGUCUCUGGAAGGAACCAAAUUAGACCUUCUGUCUAAACCUCUCCCCCCGCUGGCAGAUGCUGUCUCCUGGGACCGGUUCCAGCUGACAUUCAAGCCAGCAGAGUCUGAGAAAGGGGCGAUAUCGGGAUAUUAUGUCCAGCACAGGGUUCUGGGGGAGGAAAAAUGGGUGUUUGCACACGUCAAAGGCAGCCAGGCAAAGUUCUGGGUCACAGGACUGGAGCCAGAAACAAAAUAUGAAUUUAGAUAUGCUGUGGAGACCAAAACAGGCCUCAGUCCUUUCAGUGAUGUGAGUGGGGUGGUGGACACCACCUGCCGUUCAAGCCCCCCAGGGAAACCAGCCCUGAGGCCUAGAGGUUCCUGCUUCAGCAGCCAACUCCAGGUCACGUGGGGCAGCCCCAGCUUCGUUGCAGACGGCAUUGUGAUAAAGGAGUACAAGGUGCAGCUCAGGAGAAGGGCAGACGGCAAAUGGGAAGAGCAGAGAACAGGAGAGAAAGUUGAGAGCUGUUGGCUCCCCAAAUGUUCUCUGAAGAAGGCGGCCGCUGUUCGGGUCAUCGCAGUUUACGGAGACGGGUUUGAGAGCGAGCCCAGUGAGGAGCUGGUUCAAGGAGAGUUUUAGAUGGGACCCAUCUUUGGGUGGGAGAUCCCCCUUGUGCCGCCUUCCUCCACUGCAUGCCAUCCUUUCCUGAUGUAGCAGGAAAGUUAUGCUAUUAUAUGCAUUGAUGAAUAGCCCAAGGUGUCAAGGCAGUCAAAGUGGUGGAAGGUGGUGGACUCUCCGUCCUUGGAGCUCUCCAAGCUGAGGUCCGGUGGCCAUCUGACCUGGAUGCUUUAGUUGAGAUUCCUGCAUCGCAGGGGUUGGACUAGAUGACCCUUGGGGGUCCCUUCCAACUCCAUGAGGGCUUCUCCACACUUGUCCCAUGCCGAGAAAGCAUGGGCCCAAGCAGUUUCCCCCUUGCCCCCCUCCUUUCCCAGGGGAAACCCAUUCUUUAGCUCUAGAUCGGAGGAAACAUCACUCUGUAGAAAACCCAGAUUGCUGUUUGCUCUGACAGAGCUCUAAAGAGCAGUUUCCCCCAAGGGAAAGCAGAGGGGCCAGAGGAUGUGUGGAUAAACCCUGAGCAUGAAGAGGAUAUUGAGCGAAAGGAUAUGCUGGGGGGGAAUCUGCUUCCUUGGACUGUGUUCAGAGCGUGCCCAGAAUGUUAAAGCCCCUGGGACAGAAUCUCUGGGACAGAGAUAAUCAAGUACAGUACCUUCAACACAAACACAGUAAUGUCCUCGAGUGCAUCUCUGGGUGGCUGGAGGAAUCGUGGCGUCAAAGGCACCUACCACCACCUUGGGUGGAACUGCAUAGUGGUGCAGCAGUUUUGACAGAGGGUUUUGGGUGAAAUAAAUAAGAUCCCAAAAGAUCCCUCCCCCAAGUUGGUAUUAUUAUUAUUACUAUUAAUAAUAAAAUGCAAAAUGGAAAGAUUUGUUGAAUUACUCUCUUAUUGCUGCACGUCUGUCGAUUGCCCAAAGAUGGAAAACAUUGUCUGAAAUUAACACCUCAUUAUGGUGGAUAAGAUAUGAACCAUCGCAUUACAUGAAAAUCCCAGUGGUUCACUCAUUUUUUGAAAGUCAAAACAAAGGCAAUCGCUUUUGUCUCCAUUUGGUGGGAUUUUCUUGAAAUACAUGAAAAAAAGAGAAAAUCUACUUUUGUCUCUUCCACAAGUCUCCCAAGGAAUUUGGGAUAAGUAACACUUAAUUGGUGUGCUUUUUUUUCUUGAUGUAACAUAGAGCUUUUUAUUCUUGGUGCUCUGGAAUCUCUGAUGUGUUCAGUUAAUCUUCUUUAAAAAGCACCCACAACCAACCCAUACAUACAGUAAUGAAGUCCCCAUGUGUGGCAUUAGAGUCUCAGGCUAAGACUAGGGAUACCCCAGUUCAAACCCCAUGGCUCUCCCUUAAGAAUCUCUCCCUCUCUCUCCCAGCAAAGCCUACUUCACAGGGUGGUUGUGAGGAUAAAAAAUGGGGAGGGGAGAAGUAGGCUCACCAUAAUAUGAUGCAUAGGUUCAUAUAUUGGAGGUUACCAAUGUUUUAUGUAAGAUGUGGGACUUAUCCACACCUCUGUUUGCCUUGCUCCCCCCUCCCCCAAAACCGGUAGGUUUACAGCUGAAUGGGAUUUUCUGCCAUUUGCUCCAAUUCAGAAGAAGUGUUUCUAUCCCAUCCCCUCCAACAUUUCUCCGAUGAAAAUAGGGAUGUCCUAUUGAGGACAAGCAGGACAUUCCGGGAUCAGCCAAUGUGGGUGUUUCUCUGUGCAUGCUCUGGGGCAAGGAGUCACCAGGGGCUGAAUCAUUGGAAAGGGGUGUGUGUGUGAAAAUAAUAAUAAUAAUAAUAAUAAUAAUAAUAAUAAUAAUAAUAAUAAUAAUUUAUUAUUCAUACCCCGCCCAUCUCGCUGGGUUUCCCCAGCCACUCUGGG